UUCCCUCCCUCCCUUUCCAUUCGAGCUCUAGUCCAACGAAGGAGGGCGGGAUGUUGUCGGUCCUUCCGCAGGUGGAGCGCCUCUCCGCGCGGGUGGUGCGCGUGCUGGGCUGCAACCCGGGGCCCAUGACCCUGCAGGGCACCAACACCUACCUGGUGGGCACCGGGCCCAGGAGGAUACUUAUUGAUACAGGUGAACCCUCCAUCCCCGAAUAUAUUAGCAGUUUGAAACAAACACUUACCGAAUUCAGCAUCUCAAUCCAGGAAAUUUUGGUCACUCAUUGGCAUCACGACCACACUGGAGGCAUUCCUGAUAUUUGUAAAAACAUUCCCAAUACCACUGAGUAUUGCAUCAGUAAACUGCCACGUAACCCUCCUUGUGAAGAAGUAAUAGGAGAAGGAAAACAAAAAUAUGCAUACCUGAGAGAUGGAGAUGUCUUAAAGACAGAAGGAGCAACCCUCAGAGUUUUAUAUACACCUGGUCAUACAGAUGAUCAUAUGGUUUUACAUCUCCUUGAAGAAAAUGCAGUAUUUUCUGGUGACUGUAUUUUAGGGGAAGGAACAGCUGUGUUUGAAGAUCUUUACGAUUACAUGAAAUCUUUGGAAAAGCUACUGGAAAUGAAAGCUGAUUUAAUAUAUCCUGGGCAUGGUCCAGUAAUAAAAGAGGCAAGAGCUAAAAUCCAAGAAUAUAUUGCUCACAGAAAUGCACGCGAGCAGCAAAUAUUAAGUGUCUUGCAAGAGAACGCUGGAAAAUCUCUCACAGCAGGGGAACUUGUGAAAAUUGUAUAUAAGGAUACACCUGUACAUUUACAUAAAGCUGCAGAAGUAAACCUCACGCAUCACUUGAGGAAACUAGAAAAGGAAGGGAAAGCGUGUAAGUACCUUUGUCCUCUAAAAUGAAUAUGUGUAUAGAUAAAAUCCAGUUUUCAGAGAG